GUGCAAACAUUAAACGACUUUGAGCGCAAUGAUUGAAGAUAGUGGUUUCAACAUAAGGUCGAAUAAAAAAACCGUUGUUAAUCCGAAACCAACUGACAAAAUUUCGUAUGUUUCGGAGGACGAAGAAGAUGAUUUAGAAACAAGAGACGAAUCCAAAGAUAGUGUUUGGUCCCCAGAAAUAGAGCAGAGUUUUCGUGAGGCUUUAAUUAUAUACCCACCUUGUGGAAGGAGAAAAAUCAUCAUUUCUGAUGAAGGAAAAAUGUUCGGACGUAAUGAACUGAUUGCACGUUAUAUUAAACUGAGAACUGGUAAAACUAGAACUAGGAAACAAGUAUCCAGUCAUAUACAAGUGUUGGCUCGUCGUAGGUCGAAAGAAUCUACUGAAUGCUCGUUGGAUGAUAUAUAUGAUUCAGAUUUGUGCGGAUUUUCACCAUCUUUAGAUGUGCAAGAAAAUAAUGGUCAGAAUAAUUCCAAUGAUGAAAAUUCACAGAGUAAACUACAAAAUCAUGAAUUCAGCGUCGAUAAAUGUUUAUCACAAGCUGUCGCACAUGGAUGUAAUAAUUGGGAUAAGCUUGCAAACUUUAACAAAUCUGCUAUCAUUCAGACAGAUGAAAUACAACUUAUUUACUACGAUUUAUACGUAUCUAAUUCUCCUCAAGACCAUUAUAUGGAUGAACAACCUCUACUCAUUCUAAAUUCAUCUUCACCAAUCAGUAUCAUCCACCGUGAAAUGUAUUCAUCAAAUGAAUCUGAAUUUAACACGAGAAAGAUUAGUGAUAUUUUGCCAAAACAUAUUUCUAUAAACUGGCCUAAUUCAUUGAAAAAUCAUCCAAACAAGUGUUUUGUUAUGAAUUUAAAGAUCGAUUUACCGGAAAAUAACCGUCUAAUGUCUGCCCAAUAUCUAUCCACGAACAUUGUAUUCAAAUGUGUUAUGCCACAAAAGCGGCCUUUGAAGCUAUUUACAAAAAUUUUCACUUUCAACCAGUUGGUCACAGAGACAGAAACCAGUUUAGAUCCGGUGGAAAAUAAUCAAGAGAACAUUUACACUAGUCAGAGGAAACUGGAAUCUUAUCUUACAGAAUUAAUAAUAAAUCUUUCAAAACUGGAUUCUGAAAAACUUAUAAACUUAGCUUUCGAAAGCACAUAUAUACUACAGUUUGUUGGUGAUCAUGAAACGAAUAUCCCAAUGAUUGGAUUCACUACAUUAUUAACGGCGACAAGAAACAGCCAUUCAAAACUUCACGAAAUACUCUGCUAUUCAUGAGUUAUCUUUGUUUUUUGGACGGCUAUCUGUCCACUUUGUUGUAUUUUUUUCGAUGAUGUUACUGCAUACUUGCAGAAUUCCAAAAUUAAUGUUCUAUUAUCCACAAACUUUUAUCUUUACUUCUCUCUGAAUAAUAAUGAUAAUAAUAUAUUUUCCCUGAUGUAUUGAG